AUGUCAUCGCAAGUUAAGGAAAGUGUCAUAGAGGCACGUGCCCGUCUACAAGGCCACUUCGCCGAGUUCUCGGGUGACAAGUACGGACAAGGAUGGGAGAAUCUCUGGGCAAAGGGAGAUUUCUUGCCGUGGGACAAGGGUGCUCCCAACCCUGCACUGAUCGAUACUUUGCAGGAGCAGCAAAACAUCAUUGGCAACGCGAUGGUUGAGGUAGAUGGAAAGCUACGGCGGAAGAGGGCAUUAGUGCCAGGUUGUGGCCGAGGUGUUGAUGUUCUGCUGCUAAAGAGUUUUGGUUACGACGCCAUUGGCUUGGAGUACAGCGAGACCGCUGUCAAAGCUUGUCGCAAAUACGAGGAAGAACAUGGAAGUGAAUAUCAGACUUAUGAUGAAAUGCUGGGGGAAGGAAGCGCACAAUUUGUUGUUGGUGACUUCUUCCAGGACGAUUGGCUUGCAGGAAUAGGAGGCUCGGAGAAAAGGUUUGAUCUUAUCUACGACUAUACUUUCUUCUGCGCUCUGAACCCUAGUUUCCGACCAAAUUGGGCGAAACGUAUGAGUCAAUUGCUCGGGCCGGCACCACAUAGCAAUCUCUUCUGCCUAGAGUUCCCAACAUACAAGCCACUAUCGACCGGCGGUCCUCCUUUCGGCUCCUCACCUGAAGCAUAUAUGGCGCAUCUUAGCCACCCCGGCCAGCAGAUACCGUAUGAUGAGCACGGGCACGUACAGACUGGUGGCCCUGACGAAGCCACUGAGGACGCUCUGGUACGUGUAGCACACUGGCACCCGGAAAGGACGCAUGUGGUCGGCAAGGACGAGAAUGGUAUUGUGCGAGAUUUUGUAGCAAUCUGGCGUCAUAGAUGA